UAAAAGGCCUCCCUCCCCAGGCUCCUCACCCGCAGCAUCCUGAGAGACUUGUCCUGACUCCUGUGUCUGAGGUCAAGUUUGUGCCAAGAUGUCCAGUCAGCAGAACCAGCAGCAAUGCCAGCCCCCUCCCAAGUGCCCCAGCCCCAAGUGCCCCAGCCCCAAGUGCCCCCCCAAGAGCCCAGCACAGUGCUUGCCUCCAGCCCCCUCUGGCUGUGGCCCCAGCUCCAGCGGUGGCUGCUGCCUGAGCCACCACAGGCGCCACAGGCCCCACAGAUGCCGGCGCCAGAGCUCUGAGUCCUGUGACAGUGGCAGUGGUCAGCAGUCUGGGGGCUCCGGCUGUGGCCACCACGGCUCUGGGGGCUGCUGCUGACCUGGAUUCUGAUGCUGAGACAAGCGACUUUAGAGGAAACAAGAAGCCAAAGGGCCAAGGAA